CAUAAUGUCAACAGAUAUAUAUAUAUAUCUGUCAAUUGUCCUGUCAACUUCCCCAUAGCUGUUUGAUAAGCGCUGACGUCACGUUCCGACAGGUGCUCUGCUGCUAAAAGUGCGUCCCUACAUCCGCGUUGUGGCGUCGUGCAGCGAUCUGGGGAUCAUAUCCCACGUGUGUCCGAGGUGGACUGUGGACUCGGGUGGACAUACUGGACUCUUACUAGCCUGUAGUUUGUGUUGACGUGCUGCGUGGGGAACGUGGCGUUGCGCGUGCUCACGUGACAGGCUUGAAGACGCGGAGAGGAAUGUCGCCAGAAGGUUACGGCCUGAGUCAUGGUUUCGGAUUAUUCCGUUCAAUUCACACUGACGUCUGAAAACACGCUUGAGCCUUUCAAUCGGAUUUUAAACCGUGCUGAGAGUCUGAACAGCAUGAAGCUCUCCGACAUGAGUGAGGUGGUCUCCUCCUGGCUGUAGCUAUCAGGCAGGUCUGGUAUGAAUCGUCGAUUUGGGAGGCUUAGCAGGCAGGGAACCUCAGAGGAACUCCCUGGACUGAAUGAGGUGGCUGGAGACGAAAUAGGACAGAUACCAGUGGUGUCUGUGGAAGAUGUGGACAGUACUGAGAAUGAAGAAAAGGACACAGAGAGGAAGUCCAAGACUGCCCAGGAAGAGGCAGCGGAAAGGGAAAGGGCAGCUCAGAGGCAGAUCAUGGCCAUACAAGAGCUGGUGGACACGGAGAGGAAGUACUUGAAGCAUCUGCAGAUUUGCACAGUUACUAUCCAAGGCAAUCUCCUGAAACUACAGCCCCCACUUCCCAAUCUGGAUGGAAUGUAUCAGCACAUUGACAAAGUGAUGGAUGUGUCCAGCCGACUUCUCAGCAUCCUAGACCAGACAGACAUGAAGCCUAGUGAUCCUCAGUACCUUGAAAAACUCUGUAGCUCUUUCCUGCUUAUGUCAGAAGACAUAGAGGCAGCAUACAAGGAAUAUCUGGCCAACUAUAAUAACAUCACAGCUAUAGAGAACAACUAUAAGCAGAAGGAAGCCCAGUGGCUAGAAAUGGUGAAAGUCAUCAAGUCCUCUGCACCAGACGUGAACGCCUCGACUCUCAGCUUCUUCUUGGUGAUGCCCGUACAGAGAAUUGCCCGCUACCCCCUGCUGUUGCAAACCAUACAGAAGCACACUAAUACCCAGCAUCCUGCCUACUCUCUGCUGGAGCACACAGCCCACACCGCCGUCCAGCUGAACUGUAGAAUUAAUGAGUACAAGCGCUUCCGUGAAGUGGCUGAUAAGUACAAGAAAACUGAAACCCUGACCAUUAAAGACAAAAUCAACCGACUGAGUGGACACAGCAUUGCUAAGAAGACCGCCAGACUGGGCCAGUACAUUAAACAUGAAACUGGUAUUGUACCAAAGCUAAAGGAUGAAGAGUUUGAUGCUCUUGCAGGCAUUUUCUUUGUCUUGGAGAAGGGUGUCACAGAGCUGCAUGCCAACAUGACAGCGUAUCUCAGCCACCUCCAGAGGUUCCUCAGCUGUAGUCCAGAGGAGGCCGAUUUGGACCUGGACGGCGAGAAGGUUGCUCUCUUCUCAAAGGAAAUUACUGUUGCACUCAGACUCUGGAUAUUCCCUGUUUAUGAGAUUCGCCUAAAGAAUCUGGUAUUUAAACCAUUGUCUUCUCUGCAAGAGCUGAUGGCUGGGCCUCGCAACCUGAUCCGCAAGAGGCAGGACAAGCUGUUUGACUUUGAGAGAAUUGAGGAGAAGAGUAGCCUGAGCUAUGAUGAGCAGGCCAUUGCCAACACCUACAAGACCAUCAACACACUGUUGCUCAACGAGCUGCCUACAUUCAAUGCCAAUGCCUUGCAGCUGCUUUGGGCCACUCUUGGUGCCUUCAGCUGUCUCCAAAAGGACCUGGCCAUGGACAUGGAGCAGCUCACCACCAGUUUUACUCAUCAGCUUCCACACACUGAUUUAGACAACAGUGCAUUCUGGGAGUGGGCGGAGAGCACAGUGCUGGAGGGUGCCAGGAAACUGGAGAGGCUGUGUCAGAGCGUUCAGGAUGAGCUCAACGCUCCCAUUGUGCAGCCUGUUGUCGCAUGGUCUGAAAAGCGUCUGAAAGAAUUGAUUGACAAACAUGGCACAGAAAAGAUCUACCAGCUGACUGGGCCUGUGGUGGCCACACGUGACCUCGACCUCACCAUGAACAAAGGCGAGCUGGUGGCUGUGAUCAGUGAAAUGGACACCCGAGGGGACCGUCGCCGCUGGCUGGUGGACGCAGGAGGUCCCAGGGGUUAUGUUCCAGCAUCCAGGCUGGCUCGCUACAACCAUGUUGCCAUGCCACAGCCCCCAGCUUCCCCAGUGCUCAAUGUGACAUCCAGUGGGCCCGGGACACGGAGACAUUCAUACACACAAGGAAUACAGCCUGUCCUCACUAUGUCUACACCCUGCUUUCAGGUGUUUGCAGGGUACGACUUCACAGCACAGAGCAGUCACGAGCUGUCUCUGCGGGCCGGAGAACCGGUGCGUGUGGUAGAACCACACGAUAAGCGGGGCAAUGCCGAGUGGAGCCUGGUGGAGGCGCGGGGUCAAAGAGGCUACGUCCCCUCCAACUACCUCGCCAUUCUGCCCUCAGUGGUGGCAUCGCCCACCCUGCCUCACCUCUAGAGUCUAGCAUCACAGCAUGUGCACACUACAGACACACACACUAGUCACUGUGUGCACACACUUUCUGAAGAGCUCUCCAUGCCAGUGUGGGCAUGAGAUGGUUCCUCUGACCAGUCUGUGAGCUGGAGUGGUGCUUGGGCUUCAUCGAAUGCCUCACCUGUAGAUCAACUCGGUUCAAAGCUGCUGCAGAGGGGGCCGUUUGUCACAGCCAAACUACCAGGUGGAGAUGAGCUGUGCGGCACUGAUGGAGUGUGUACCGUGUGGGUGUAACAGACUCUUCUGCAGAAUUAUUUGUCUGUUCGAAUUGCUCUCUGACUGAGCGUGAUCGAGGGUGCAAAGUGAUACAGUGAGAGGAUGAAGAGAUGACUGACUGCUUCUAGGCCUCAAGCUCUGUUCUGUAUUAAGUGUCUCUGAGAAGCUCAACAACUUAAUGUGGAUUUGAAUUAUAUUAAUGCAGAAGAGGACAUUAUUGCUAAAACUGGAUAAGCUUGAGCUUGUUUUUUUUAAACCUGUAAGACUGUUGUCAGUGUUAACAAGGUUUACUACUGAUUGUUUUUUAACAGAAUAUAAAAUUAUUCCUCAGUGAAAUGUAUAGAAGGUACUGGAAUGUUUUUUUUAUAGUAGGAGAUUCUGUGGAAUUGAAGGCUAUAUUGUUAUUGUUAUUAUAUCUAUAUUGAAACAUCAUUUAUAUGUUUUAACCUGAAAUUUUGAAUUGCAGAACAUUUAAAUCAGGAUGAUGUAGUUGUCUUUUGCCAUUUGUUUGUACGUGUUGCACUGAACUUCUGCACAAACCAGUUACAUGCUGCAGUGUUUGCACGCCGGCAGUUACUGUUGCGCUCCACCAGGGGUCGCAGAGCUCCAUUCUCAUAGUUUAUCUCUUCCCUGGAAUAAGCUUUUUCUGUUCACUGAUUUACCCACCGUAUGUUCUCCUAAGUAAUCAUGGAUUCUCUGCUGUUCACUGUUGUGUGGAAUUGUUUUGUGGCCAUACUAAAAAAAUAAAAGCAUUGUGGCUUCUGUUGUAAGCAUUA